AUUUCGAAACGUGCGUUUUGCGUUGGUUCUGGUCGCGAAAGGAGUAAUAUGCCAACUUGGCAUUGAAUGCCUUUAAAAUUAUGUAAAAUUUGGUGACUACAGAACAAAAUCGGUAUUUGAAGAUGGAUGAUUUACGGCAGAGAUUGAAAUUUGACGACAUUGCUGUUCGAUCUAGAUGUGUGCAGAAAUUAAUAACUGCUGUUAAGAAAAAGAGAAGAGGGGAAAUGAUAACAUCAUCGACUCCUCCGAUACAGGAAUUGAACUUAAUCUGGGAGGCAUGUGGUGAUGAAUCCACAGAAACAUCAAAUCUUGCAAUUCAAGGAAUAGUUGCUUUGGUUACUAAUCGGCAUCUUGAUGUCAAAUAUGCCAUGAACAAGUUUCUAAGUAUUAUUACUCCUACAUGCAAUGCAUAUGUACUUGUAAAAGCAAUUUCUGCAAUUAUGAUGUUUGAAUACAACCAGACCAGUGAAACUAACAGAGUGUUCCAUUAUUCCCUUCACUGCCCAAAGCAUCCUUUAAUUACUGUUUUGCAAACUAAUGAUGAUUAUUUGCCCCUUAUUCUUGAAAGUAUUUCAGAAGCUAUUGAUGAAGAUAAUUUUAGAGGCUUUCAAGUAAUGGAACCUGUUAUUUGCUAUAUUUUAUCCAACCCUACUCAACGAAAGAGAAUUGAUUAUUCUAAAGUUUUAUUAUUAGAAACACUUAUUGAUAUAGUAUCAUCUCAGCCUAGAACAACAUUUUACAUGCUGCGAUUUAUUCCAUUUUUACAGGUUGAAACCUCACAUCAAGUGAUUGAAGCUUCCCAAUUUGUUGUUAAAGCAAAGAGAGUUUUCAGUGAAUUUGAGUGUGAUGAAAAAGAUCGAAUUUAUGUUUCAGAAUUCAUAUUAGUUGCAUCAUUAUCUCUUUGUGAAAGAAAUUUAGCCUUCGGAAAUAACUUCAGCAGUUUACUCAAAAUAUCCCUCAGUUUGCUACAGACUUUAUCUAAGUUUGACUACUAUUCAUCAUGUGUUAAUGUGUGUUUAACUUUAAUUGGAAUGAUAUUAAAAGCAACAUCUGGUGUAGUUCUUGAAAAAUUCAUUGCAAUAGGUAUGGCUUUGCUGGAUCUGAAACCUGUUUCUCCUACAGUUGCAGCAUAUGUGGCAUUUUCUGUAAUCCAGCUAUUACCUGAACCUUCAAUUCUUUCUUUUGAUGAAACUAUGAAAUCCACUCUCUCUCAACUGCUUGGAAAAUUAGAAUUGUUUUUCACGUGCGAUCUAAAUAAUGUGGACCGAAGCACAGAUAAUGAUGAAUCAUCACCAAAAAAUAAAUCUGAUUUUUGUGAUGGUGACUCUUUGUCCAAAACCAGUACAAGUGAUAAUUUCAAUUAUCUUGAAGCUCUAACACCAUCUGUUGAGUCAUGUUUUGAAUGUGUUAGAUUUGCUUUAAAACUUGAUUCUUCUAGUCUGUAUUACAAGUCAAAAUGGUUACAAUCCAUAAAGGAAUAUUUAGACUCUGGUAGUAAUGAUAAUUUAGAACUGCUAUUUUCAUUAGCUGCAGCUAUAUUUCUAAUGGCUCCUGAUGAACCAAAGCACCUCAGUUCAUGCUUAGAAACAAUAGAAUCUGUUCUUUUAAGAAGUCAAUCUUUGUCGACAAGAAUAUUUGCUUUAUUAUUAUAUAAACAAAGUCUUCUGAAAGCACCAGAAUCAAAAAUAUUGAUUUUGGAAUAUUUGCCAAAGUGUGCUACUCAUAAAUAUUCCAUUCCACCUGUGAUAAGUAUUCUUAAAAUGAUGGCAAAUGAGACUGAUUUAAAGGCUCUUGCGAUACAGUUGAUGCUGCAGUUAUGGAAAAAACAAGAUCGAUGCUUUACAUAUCUGCACAAGCAACUAGUAGAACCUUGUAAGGUUAUUUCCAGUGAUACAGGCAUAAAUGAAGUUAAAAUAUCACAAGCAGCAGCUAUCAAAGAAAUUUGUCAGAUGGAGCCUGAGAAGUACGGGAAAGAAUUUCUAGAUACUUUGUCUUCUAUAUUUAAUGAAUCACAUGAUGAAAUUACUUCAGCCGCUGCCUGUUUAGCAUUAGAUGGUGUUAUAAGUCUUUGUAAAUAUGAGGUUAUUGAUCUUCGAUCUACAUGGAAAGCAUUAGCUCCAAGGUUGAUCAAAGAUAAAAGGCCACUGAUAACUUGUAGAAUGUUUCAGUUGCUUGCUUUGGUGCCUGAACUACGAGUGAAAUCCUUUGAAUAUGAUAAUUUUAUGAGCGAAGUGAUGUCUUUUAUUUGGAAGCAGAUAAUUUCUGGACUUACUGAGCCAGUUGCUAUAAGUGCUGCAUACAAAGCUUUAGCAGAAUUUCCUUUAGAUUUUUAUGUUCUGAAACAAUUUCCUCCAGCUGCAAAACAAAAUUUAAAGCUCCCUCCUUCUAUGAAAGCUACACCUUUUGAUAUGGGAAAAUUGCCUGAAGAUGUACUUACAUAUAUUCCUGGUUAUUGCUUCACUGACUUGCUGAAAAGUUUAGAUAAUGAUAUUAUUAUUAAAGGUUACACUCAUUUCUUACACUCCCUUCUAAAACAAGAACUUAGAGACUUGCCUAGAAGUGCUUUCACUCAAAGAAGACAUAUAGUUAAACGAGAAAAUACUUGUGAAGUCUUGUCCAAAGUUCCUGGGUUUUUAUGCAGCCAAAUUGAAUCAAGAAAAUCUCCAGCUAUUCAAAAGAAUCUUUCAGUUGGUCUUCUUUUGUGCUAUGAACCUCCUGUAGAAAUGGGAAAAGAUGGGCAGCCUAUUAAAAGGUCACUAGCUGCUCAGUAUCGUUUUUAUGAGCAAGUUUUAGUCGUUUUACUCGAUGAAGUCAACAUUGAAGCAAGUGAAUGGCAGCGAUGCAUUCUGCUUCCAGCCGCCUGGGGUGGAUACAUGGAGAGAGCAUUUUUUGCUUGCGAAGAAGCUCGUAAAGCAGAACUAGAAUUGCAAAACAGUCACGGACACCUUAAUUUAUCACCAGAUGAACUGAAAAAUCAAUGCAAAUUAGCUUGGCUUUGGGUGCGGGAUCGUCUGAUUUGUUUAAUAAAGACAAGUGCAAAGAAAGGACCAGCAUCUCAUGCCAAUUCAAUGUUUGCUCUCACUGGUUUGAUAUAUGCCACAAAUAAAUUUUAUACAAGCCUCGACGAUAGCAGUAAAGUUUUCUGUGAUGAAAGUCAGAAUUACAUUAAGCAUCAAGAUUUCUUAAUUGAAUAUACAGAAACAGUUCUUUGUGCUAUAUUACCUGACUUUCAACCAAAUGGAAAUGUGCAUAGCUGGCUGUUAACGCAUUUAUCUCGACCAAAUUCUAGUGCUAGCUAUUUAGUGAAAGGUUGUUCCUGUGCCUCACUUUUCCAUUUAAUGCCAGUGUUGAUAAACAAUUAUGUUAAUGAUAUACGACGUAUACUGGAUCAUUUGUUGGAAAAUCUUUCACAUAAUUCUCCAGUACUAGGCUGCUAUUCUGCUAUUGGAUUAGGUUUAUUUAUUCGAUCAAUGUGUGAAAUUGGUUUGGUGGAUAAUACAGAAAAACAGACUGAUUUGCUGUCAAAAACUCUUAAUCAGAUUGUACGAGAUUCAAAUUCAGAAGAAAGUCCUCUUUCAAAUUACCUCAUUGCUCUGACAAUUUCUGUGGCAUCUGUUGCCCAGGCUAUGCAUGAAGAAUUUAAAGCUUUUGUUUCAACUACUUGCAAUGUAUUUUAUGAAAAGCUCAUGGAGGAAGAUCCUUCUUCAAUGAAUUUUGAGAUUUUAAGUAUUUGUGUGUCUGCAAUGAUGGUGAGUGCUUCAGAAGGGAGCUGUUUACCAAUAGAAGAUGUUGAACAUUUAGCAUCUUGGUUCAAUGAUCAACGAUUCGAUUCACCUCAAUGUUCUGGUAUAUCUGUAUCAUGUGGAAUUUUAAUCGAGGCAUUAGAAAGAUUUGGACAUGGAAAAGGAGCUGAAAUGAAGAAAAAGGUUCAAAAGGACUGGUUAAAUACCUUGACAAAUGAGAAAAGGCCAACGCUGCACAGAAUUGCUGCUUUAAAUGGAUUAUGUACUUUGUAUUCUGGUGGGAGAGGUCUUAUGCAGAUAAAAAGUAAAGCCACUGCAGGAAGUCUCACUGCUUUAAAUGAUUUGGUGCCACUCAUGUUUCAAAUUCUGAAUGCUCCCAGAGAUACUGGAUUACAAAAUAUAUGUUCAUGGGAAGUUGGACGAUUAUUUUCAGUAAAUUGUUCACAGCAACAAGUUGAAUCAACAGUUUCAUCCAGUUAUUCUCACCUAAGUGAAAAGAGUAUUUUGAAGCCCGUGCUGAAUAUUAUUCUUGACGGUCACAAAGAUGAUGAAUCGGAUGUUAAAUUUUUUCAUGUAUUAGCUUGUUUAUCAGCUCUGGGUGAUCCAUUUCCAAGACCAUUACCACCAUUGAACUGGGUCACUGUUUUAACACCUUAUCUGCAGAUGAAAAAUGAGGCUGUGCUUGAAGCUGCACUGAAGAUUGCAGUCAACCAAGCUAGUGGUUCACCACAUGCUUUAAAUCUUAUUUCUUCAUAUUGUAAUCCUCCUCUAAUUCAUACAUUGCCAGAAAGCUGUUUUCUUCUGUUACUAAAGAAUCUUCCUGGUUUGGGCCUUGUGUUACCUAGUCCAAAACUUGAAAUAUUUUUACAGUUUGUUAUUUCAUCUACAAUAAAAGAGGAAAAUGGUUUUAAAAAAUGGGGAUUAAUUACUCUUCAGAAUAUUCUGACAGCUCUAGAGGAAAAAGGAUAUAAGCAAAGGUCACUGAGCAUUGUGCAAGAUGCAUUUAUUUCUGUUUUUAAAUAUUUUAGAAAUGACUAUGCCAAGGUUAUAGAGCAUCUGUCAUGGAUUACACAGGGACUUCUUCUCUUGCCUAAAGAUGGCAUGGAUACUGUAAUAUCAGUUUCUGAAAAUGUGAGUGAUAUUUCAGUUUUGACAAUGAUUUGGUGCAAUUUAGUGAAAUGUGGCAAAGUGCAGCUUACGUGUCUCAGACCAUGUAUUGAAGAAGGAAAGCAUGCUUCUCCUGAGGAUAAAGCUCUCAUUUACAUUUCUGUUUACAAAUGUUUUCUUUCUGGCAUUCUAAAUAAGGAAAGUGAAGUAAGCCAAGCUACAAAAUGUAUAUCUUGGCUUCUAGAAACUAUUGGGUGGAUCAAAGUCCUUUGCGAUUCAAAAUCUAAAUACCAGUUGAUGACAAUGAAAGAAGUUUUUUUAUUUCUGGUUGAUGUUUGUUUAGCUACAAUUAUUGGCUGUUCAGGAUUAGAAUGCAGUUAUAGUUUUUUUCCAAUACAAAAUAUAAGUCACCAACUACUACUUGAAAAGCUCCCAACUGCAGUUAAGAAACUCACUACCACAGAAGAAUGGAAUAAAAUUGCUGAUAAAAUAAUUGACUGGCUACUUUUAUUAAUAAAAAGUGAAUAUCUUAGUGAAAUAGAAAAGUACCAUAUCAAGCUGAGUCUAUGUUCAAUGAAAGGACUUCAAGAAUUUCAGAAGACAGAAGUGUGGACUGAAAUUAUAUGUAAUAUCAAAGAUAAAUAAAUAAAUUACAUUUUGUUGCAA